AUUCUAGCACUGGAUAUUUUGAAACAGUUUAAACGAAAGGUUUUCUGUGCACACAACUGCCAACUUAACUGCCAAAUUUUGUUUCAUCACAUGCAUAAAAUUCCGAAUUGUCGUCGAAAGAACAGACAUUAGUCUAACCAUUUAAUCUAGAUUAAUACUUUGGCCAGAAGGUUAAGCAAAGAGCUGAAUGCACAUCGAAAUGUGUUUGUUCAGCUGUCUCUCGCGUUUGUUGUUCUUCGUGUAUGGCACUUUGGGACCAGCAUGGCACACCUACAAGACCCUCAACAACGGCGAUACGAUGUUCCUGGCCUGGGCCAAGUACUGGAUAGUGUAUGCAUUCCUGGUCACCUUCGAGGUGCUGGCCGAUACCUUCUUGUCGUGGCUGCCGCUUUACAUGCCCACCAAAUUCCUCCUGAUCCUGUGGAUCGUCCUGUCCGCCCCGGCGGCCAAUGUCUGGAUCUUCGAUGCCGUCCUUAGUCCGGUGCUGGCCAGGCGCCAGGAGCAGAUCGAUCACUUCCUGCACCGCGGCCAGGACAAGCUCCUCGGCGACAUCUUCGUUUGGAUGACGCAGCUUUGGUUCCGCAGUCAGACCUAUGCGCUGCCCUUUGUGACCCACCUCUGGUCUAGAUCGAGCACAGAUAAGUCAGGGGACUUGGUGGAGGCCACUGGAGUUGGGGCAUCGGAGGAUCCAGACUCGGCUCCCGCUUCGGUCCGUACAUCAGCCCAACAUCUCUCCAGCUACUCCAGUCCCGUUGGCAGCCUAUUGGGCGUCAACGGUGAUGAUUUCGAAGAGACUCAGUUGGGCGUUACAAGGGCCACCACCGAUCUGCACUCGGCUCAUUCCCUGAACGAUCUGGUCGAGAAGAACAUCAAGUUGCUGGAGUCAUCGGGCAUCCUUAAUCACCGUGUGAAACGUAAAUCAAAGAUUUUCAAGCCGUCUAACGAGGAGCUUGCCACGAAAUUCAACCGGAACGAUCAGAAGGAGGAGCUAUAUGACGACGUUGAGGAUCUGCUGGCCAACUCGAUGAUCGGGACUACCGACAAGGAAGUCGGUCAACGACAAUCUAUCAACCACCUUUUAUAUCAAAAAAACCCUUAAUAAUCGUUUAGUUGCUGAGUUAUUGCUUAAUAUAAAUAAAUAGAUUUUUCAGUCUAA